AAACCGGAAAAGGCUGAUGGUGGCUGGCGGGGCCCAAACCUCCUUCGCCUUCCGUCUAUUUUUUUCCCCGCCUCCUCAGCGGAAGCCGAGCGCCAAACUCAAACUUUAGCUGGACUUGUACAGCUUUCAGGCCAGCCCCGCCCGUCGGGCCUGUUGGACUUUUCCGCACACCCGCCGGGGCAGCGGUCCAACAUGAGCCAAGUUCUGUUCCAGCAGCUAGUCCCGUUGCAGGUGAAGUGCAAAGACUGCGAAGAGAGGAGAGUAAGUGUUAGAGUGAGCAUUGAACUACAAUCAGUUUCUAAUCCAGUUCACAGAAAGGAUUUAGUUAUUCGUCUGACUGAUGAUACUGAUCCAUUUUUCCUGUAUAUCCUUGUCAUAUCUGAGGAAGAUUUUCAGAGUUUAAAAUUCCAGCAGGGUCUUCUGGUAGACUUUUUAGCUUUCCCACAAAAAUUUAUAGAUCUCCUUCAGCAAUGUACUCAAGAACAUGCCAAAGAAAUUCCAAGGUUUUUGUUACAGUUAGUUUCUCCUGCAGCUGUUUUGGAUAACUCUCCUGCCUUUUUAAAUGUGGUAGAGACAAAUCCUUUUAAGCAUCUUACACAUCUCUCACUAAAACUUUUACCUGGAAGCGAUGUGGAAAUAAAGAAGUUUCUAGCAGGCUGUUUGAAAUGUAGUAAGGAAGAAAAAUUAUCAUUGACGCAAUCACUAGAGGAUGUCACUAGGCAACUGAAUUUCGCACAAAAGUUCUUGAAAUUGAGGACCAAAGUACCUGAUAAGCUACAUGACUUCAGGCAGAAAAUAUCCUGCACAACAUGGACCAUCGUGACAUUAUCAGAAAAAAUCCAAGAAUUAGAUAAGUUACGGAAUGAAUGGGCAUCACACACAGCAGCAUUGUCAAAUAAGCAUUCUCAGGAACUGACAAACGAGAAGGAAAAAGCCUUGCAGGCACAAGUUCAAUACCAACAGCAGCAUGAACAACAGAAAAAAGAUUUAGAAAUCCUGCAUCAACGAAACGUCCAGCAGCUACAGAACAGAUUGUCUGAGUUAGAAGCAACUAAUAAAGACCUAACUGAAAGGAAAUAUAAAGGAGACUCCUCCAUCAGAGAACUAAAGGCAAAACUGUCUGGUGUUGAAGAGGAGCUCCAGCGGACUAAACAAGAAGUUCUCUCCUUGCGAAGAGAGAAUUCUACACUAGAUGCUGAAUGUCAUGAAAAAGAAAAGCAUAUUAAUCAGCUGCAAACAAAAGUGGCUGUUUUAGAACAAGAAAUUAAGGAUAAGGACCAGCUUGUAUUAAGAACAAAAGAAGCAUUUGAUACAAUCCAGGAACAAAAGGUGGCUUUAGAAGAAAAUGGUGAGAAAAAUCAGGUACAACUUGGAAAACUUGAAGCUACCAUAAAAUCAUUAUCAACGGAACUUCUUAAGGCAAAUGAAAUUAUCAAGAAGUUACAAGGGGAUCUGAAAACUUUAAUGGGUAAAUUGAAACUGAAGAAUACAGUUACCAUUCAGCAAGAGAAACUCUUGGCUGAGAAGGAAGAAAAAUUACAAAAGGAACAAAAGGAAUUACAAGAUGUUGGACAGUCUCUUAGAAAUAAAGAGCAAGAGGUAUGCAGAUUACAAGAACAAUUAGAAGCUACAGUUCAAAAACUUGAAGAAAGCAAACAGCUUCUAAAAAAUAAUGAAAAGUUAAUCACAUGGUUAAAUAAAGAACUAAAUGAAAAUCAGCUAGUGAGAAAGCAAGAUGUGUUGGGACCUUCUGCCACUCCACCUGUGCAUUCUAGUAGCAACGCAAUUAGAAGUGGAAUUUCUCCUAACCCUAAUGUGGUUGAUGGUAGACUGGCUUACCCAGCUUGUGGGAUUGGUUAUCCUGUCUCCUCUGCAUUUGCUUUCCAGAAUACCUUUCCUCAUCCUUUAUCUGCCAAAAAUGCCAUCCACUCAGUUUCAGGACCAAAGGUUCAGUUUAACUUGCAGUUUACAAAACCAAAUACAUCACCAGGAGAUGUUCAGUCAGGAACAACUGUUAGUAUGCCUCGCUCAACUGAUAAGGAAAAUGGUGAAAAUUUAGGGCUGGAAUCCAAAUAUCUGAAGAAAAGGGAAGAUAGCAUUCCUUUACGUGGACUCAGCCAAAAUCUCUUCAGUAACCCAGUUUUUGUAUCUUCAUUUGCAGACCAUCAGAAAGGUGGCCCGUUGGGAGCGUUACAGGCACCCUCAAAGCCAGCGGCGCUGCCUUCCACAUCUUCAGCGUAUUUCCCGGGACAGUUACCCAACAGUUAAUCCUAGGCUGGCGUCAUCUUUUACUUCUUAUUGACAUUUUAGAAUUUCAGGUGGUUUAGAAAUAUAUCAACAGCAUAGAUGAAAUCCUAAACAAGCAAGUUUCAGAGUUUACUUGAGCAACUAUAUUAGAUUGCUUGGAUCUUUUAAGUACUGCUGUGAUUUAUGGCAGGCAGUUUAGAGCAGCAAAUUUGUACUUGGGAACUGGUGAAGAUUCUGAGUAAAUGACAUUCUUUAGUUUGAAUAUGGUGUUUUAUAGAAUAAUAGAAUGAAUUUUCUUAAAGUAAUCCUUAGAAAUUCUCACAAGUUCUAAGGAAAGAGUUGAUCUUUAUAAGGGACAUUCUAAUCAUAUUGACUAUCUGGGUAAAUUAAAACCUGUUCAGAUGUAAUGGGGAACCAAAGAAUGCUAAUAAUUAACAUUUUUAUUUUCAUUGGCAAAAUAAGUUUUAAAUUUGCCACCUAAGAAUUAUGAAGGAAAGACCAUUAUCUAAGAUAUCUAGAUUAUCGAUAUUUUAAAAGGGAAAAAUUACCUUCAGUUCUUCGUAACAAGUAUUUUCCUUGAAACCUUUAAAUUAUAUAUUGAAUGUCUAUUAAUUUUGAUAAAUUUAUUAUAAAGAUAACUUAGUGUAUUUACAUGGCCAGAUUAGGUAUAAACUGCUUUAGUCAUUGGAGCCACAGAGUUUACAGGAUUUUAUUGCUUCCUUGGAAGUCGAUAAUCAUCUAUUUUUUCUUUCAUUUGGAGUUCUAUUUUUUUUUAAUGCAGUUAAAUUUGUAUUAGUGGGACUUUGUUUUAAAAAUUAGCACUAUACAAAAGCUUUACUAUAAGAGCAUCAUGAAUAUUCAUUGUAUGUGCUUUUUUAUUUCAAAAUGGGUUUAUUUUAAUGUUUGCUUAAUAAAGUAGGCAAAAUGAAUAACUUAGAAGUUAAAACUUUCUUCUCUUCCCUGUAAGUUUCAAGAAUUGUCCUUUGGGAAAAGUUAAGUGGUUUUUAAAAAUUUACCCAGAAUCAUAGGGCCCCAUUUUUUCUUGCUAACAACCAUUCAGUAGAGUAGCAUUCUCUUAAGAAACAUCUACAUCAGUUUUUAUUUGCAAAGAUGGCUAAUGUUCAUGUGAUCUUUAAAAAAUUUCCAAGGACCAUAUUUUAUAGAUGAGGAGACAUUUCAAGAUAUUAAUGACAUACCAACAGUUCUAUGGUAAGACAAAAGAAUCUUUGCUAAUUUUUUUAACGAAGCCAUGAUAUUGAUACUUUGAAACUGUGCCUGCAGUUCAAGCUGUCUUAAACUAGGGAACCUAAAAAAUUUAGUAACCAUUAUCAGGCAGUGACUUUUUAUGUAUAGUUCUUUUCUCAUUUAGAUAUUGGUAAGAAUACUUGGUUACAAUAACUUGAAAGCACUUAAUAAUCUGGAAAGCAGCUUCUUGGUGAUAAUUUGCUUUCUUACAAAUGUUUUAUAUAUAUAUAUAUAUAAAACUUUAUGGACAAGGUUUGGAUGGGGUACAUGACACACAGGUAGCUCUUUAUUUUUUUAAAUAUAGAUCUCCUCUUCCAUAUCCACACAUGGAAAUUAGAAUUUCCAAAAGAUAGGAUAGUGAUCACUUUGCUGUUAACUUACUAGACUUUUUUAUCAGAUGUAUAUACACACUUUUGUGUGCUAAGUUUUUGCUCUACCUCUUUAAGUUUUAUUUGAAAUUGUUUUGCAGUGUAAAUUGUACAUGUGUUAAUAAUCAAAAUGUUACAUUUAAUGUAUUUCUGUAAAUUGAGCUUGGUUAGUAAAUAUAUUUUGAGACUGCGAUAUGUAAAAAGUAUAUAAAAACAAAUAGGAUUGAUCUACAAAAUCUCUGCUUAGGAAAUUACUUCAUUAAUUUAUGGACUAAGUUUUCAUCUAUCUUCCUACAUGAGUAUUUUAUUGUGAAAGAAAAGAAAUGGAUUCAAAGAGAGAAGGUAUAAAGCUUUGAUUUGUUACUGUAAAAAUGAUUAUGGUAACAAAGCCAAAACAGGCUCUAUAGGGAAUCACAGAUCAAGACUUUCUUUAAAAAAAAAUCAUUAAAAUAUUUAAUUUUAUUAACAAUA